AUGGAGAUUCCACCAGGCUUCGCUACUUCUCAAAUAGCUGGGAAGGUGUGCAAGUUGAAGAAGUCUUUGUAUGAGUUAAAACAGUCUCCGAGGGCAUGGUUUGACAGAUUCAGGUUGGCGGUCUGCGGUAUGGGGUACAAGCAGUGUAAUGGGGAUCAUACUGUGUUUUACAGGCACUCCAAAACUCGUAUCACUAUUCUGGCGGUCUAUGUUGAUGAUAUUGUAAUCACUGGAGAUGAUGUUGAAGAAAUCCUAAGAUUGAAGAAAAGAUUAGGAGAGGAAUUUGAAGUUAAAGAUCUAGGGCAGUUGAAAUACUUUCUGGGAAUUGAAAUUGCAAGGUCGCGAAAGGGUAUAGUGCUUUCUCAGCGGAAGUAUGUUCUGGAUCUUCUCUCAGAGACAGGGAUGUUAGGGUGUAGAGUUGCAUCUACUCCUAUCGAGCAAAAUCAUAAGAUGUGUGCCGAGGGUGGUGACCCAGUGAGUAAAGAGCAAUAUCAAAGAUUAGUUGGACGACUUAUAUAUUUAUGCCAUACGAGACCUGAUAUUACUCAUGCCGUGAGUGUGGUGAGUAGAUAUAUGCAUGAUUCCAGAGAGCAGCAUAUGAAGGCAGUUCGCAGAAUUCUUAGAUAUAUUAAGGGAAGCCCAGGAAAUGGGUUGUGGUUCAGAAGUUUUGGACAUCUGAGAAUUGAAGGCUACUGUGAUGCUGAUUGGGCGGGUUGUAUGGAUGAUCAUAGGUCCACUACAGGCUACUGUGUAUUUAUUGGAGGCAAUCUCGUAUCUUGGCGUAGCAAGAAGUAA